GUAGCCCGGUACCAGUCGACUGUCCCUCUGCUUAGACGAACGUACUAACCAAGCGGGAGAUUGCACCCGUUUCGAUUGGUGUGUACGUACAUAAUGGUGGAUGCUGGAGGCGGAGCUGGAACCGGAGGCAACGGAGGAGACAGCCCGAGGUGCUACAAUUGCGACGAACCGGGACACCUGUCACGAGGCUGCAUCAAGCCGAGGAGAUACCAGCCGAGAAGAGAAUCGAGCGGACACAGUGCGGCUUCUACUUYACAGAACAACAACGGCGACAGACAACUGGUACCUGCUCAAGGAUCGGGUGUUGUGCAGACACACGGSGGCUCUUCAUACAACCAUGGCUACGGCCACCAAGGCGCCCAGGAGAAUCGAGGAGGAUACGACAGGCGGCUACAACAACUACAACCACCAAGCCAACCUCACAUCCAACAAGGACAUAGUCGACGCUGUUCUAAUGAUGAAGGAGUUCUGCUCAACGUUCAUGGAGGAGAAAAGACUCGAGAUUGAAAGGCGGAGGGAGGACGAGCAAAGAAGGAAACGUGAAAUGGAGGAAGCAAGGGCCAAAGAAGAACGAGACAAAYGCGAAGCGGAGAAAUUACAGAAGGCCCAGGAAAGGGAAGCCCGUUUCGCUCUCCUCAUUGACARCAAACUGGACAAGAAGGACACUGGAUACCAAGUAAUCGUUGAACAACUCGYCGAACAGAACAAGAUGUUCAGGGAAGCAAUCGGCGAAUUGAAGACUGGCACCAUUGCAAACCCGAUCAUGGUAGAGGACAUCAGGCGAGACAUACUUCUACUGCGCRAAGCCGARAUAGAAARGAGCCGGAGGAAGAGAGGGAAGGAGGCAACCAACGAAGACAAKGAAGGCCCACCGAAGGAGAAGCAACGCACAGAGGGACCCACCACCACCGARGAGAAUAUCCACGCCGAAUUCGAGAAGAUGAAGAAGCAGUACCAAKAACAGAUAGAGGCAAUGAGGGCAGAAAUCGCCAAGCUAAAGGCAGCCCAAGCACCAGCAGCUGCCACCCYGUCAACAUCAAGACCAGAACCAAGAACACCAGCCACAGAAGGACGGGCACUAGACCGAAUCUUCGCACAGACGGAGYCAGCUCGACGACGAAACUGCAGCAGGGCCAGAACACCCGACCGCAUCAUACCAGGAAGAAAGGCCGCGGUAGCAGCACCAGGACCGGAAGACCGACUUCAACGCAUGARAUUGGUAUGGACCGGGCCGAAGUCAAUCGGGCAGAUACUUCGUAACCAUCGUAUGAUAGCAAGGAAGGCGCAAAACGAGUGUCCUUGCCCGUGUCAACAARCCGUUCUCCCGAAAGACAACAAGGGGCACAUUAGUUUCCGAUUCUCAGAACUAGACGGAGUUYCACAACUCAUGAAGAAUUCCAGAAACAUACCGGUACCAAGGAAACCGGACGGACRACGGCUGRCAACGCAAYUGAACGAUGCUUUUGAAGCUUUCUUUCACAUGUCACACCCARGCAAAGGGAAGGAGAUGACCSAGUGUUGGAAGGAGAACAAGAUAACACGAGGGAUACAAAUGUCACGCCCCUGCAAAGGGAAGGAGAUGACCGAGUGUUGGAAUGAGAAUGAGAUGACACAAGGAAUUCAAGUUCGCGAGGUAGCUGAUAUGAAGAAGAGACUACGGGGAAUGGUGAUCAUGCCAGUAGAUGAUAACCAUGGCAACACAAUGGUCUGCUGCCCAAGAACCUACGGGACCACCAUCGAGACUAUGUUCGUACAGAAUGGAGGUUUCAAGAACAUUAACGAGGAAGGAUACUACAAGGAAGGGUACCACACCAAAUGCAAGGAAGGAUACUACAAGGAAGGGUACCAUCGCAUCGCCAAAUGGAACAAUCAUGGAGAACUAGGAAAAGCGUACGUCAUUCCAAAGCACAACGACACGACCAGAUGGAGACCAAUCUGCCCGUCCUACAGCGAAGCAAGCGGGAGAAUGAGCAAGCUCACAGGCAAGGCAAUCAACCACCUAUUGUGGUCUCUACCCAAGCACUCGAACUUCAACUUGAAGAGUACGCGACARCUACUGGAAGCAGUGGAGGGCACGAACAAGUCAGUACARAAAGGUGAGAAGUGGGGAAUGUUAGCAGCAAGCUUCGAUAUCAAGGACAUGUUUGUGAAACUCCCCCACGGGGCAAUUAUGUCGGCAAUACACUGGGUCGUAGAUUUUUACGAGAACGAGGGAGUGAGUAGGGUCAGAGUCAAGCUCAAAGGGAAAGGUGCAACUUUUGGAAAGGCGGACGGAGAAGUAGGAUGGCAAUCCGUGUCCCUAAGAAACAUUGCAAAACGAUUGCAACAAGUUGUAGGUAUUYCGAUGGGAAAGAGUAGCAGCCCURCAAUCGCUUGUCUMUUGUGCGCAUUUUAUGAAUGCGKUUUUUUGUCUUCGCUCGGGAAAGAUCGUAGAUUGGUACAGGGAUGYAGACUGGUCGACGACGUUUCUGUUUUCGUAAGCUUCAGGAUCAACCACGAAAUGAGCCUAACGAGAGCCACUGAGAUCAUGCACCAGUUCCAGCAAUGUUACCACGAGGAUCUCACUCUGGUCCRGACGRACGAAGCGGCAGCCGCAUGGGUAUUUCUGGGAUGUACCAUGGAGGUGAGGAUGUACCCAUCGGAGRUGAGCUGCACGGCCAGAACGGCAAAUGGACCAAGUCUUCUCAGYGGUGGCCCACUAGUGUUCCAGGGAUUGCAAGAUUACAGAUCAUACACCGCCAGAAGUACCAAGAGGGCGGUCAUCACAGGGUGUUUAAGCAGGAUAUGGGACCACACCCUWGACAAGUCCACGGCGGGACCCACCCUCCUCGCAACGAAAAUAGAGUUAUGGAAAAGAGGUUUUCCCGCUCGCGCCUUCGACGACGAGCUCAAGAAAUUUUCGAAAYGAAAGGAUGAUGUGUGGCAAAGAUGGACCGAGGUCUUGUGCGACUGGGACGAUUACGAGUAGAGAGAGAGUUCUUUUGAAUUCGAAUUUGAAGGACAGAUGGCCAUUUUUCGAACUGGGUGGUACGAAGCAACGAUUGGCGCUCAAGGCACCUGGACCCGCGUGGAAACGCGCCCACGCGCACCGCAGGAACGGAGUUCAGAUUUAUUUUAUCGUUAUUAUUUUUAUUGUUAUUUUAUUAUCUUUCGAUGACUUAACAAUUUUUUUUCGGAAUUUAGGCGGGAACUGCGAACAAGGACUUAAGGACUACACACGACUUUUUUCGGGGCUCAGGUGGUAACUACGGCUCGGACACACGAGCGAAGAAGUAUUUAUAGGACCGACACAGCACAGUUCGGCACAUCACCUUUCGCACUUUGCCCCUGACGACGCUGGUCUGUCGCCAGCAGAAACUAGUCGGGCACUUCGCUAGGAUGGGGGUAGUAGGACGCUGCGACCUCCAUCACUAGUCUAGGUCUUCACGACGCAUCCCGGAGGUGAUUUCUAUCAGACUAUGUUGUGAGCUUCAUGACGCACACCUGCGUGCGCUCUUUCAUUCAUUCAAUAACAAAAGGCUUUUUGAUGG